AUGCCCAAGAAAUACACCCUGAAGCAGAGCUCGCCCGGCUGCGAAUUGGGUGCUUUCGGCGAGGCCGGCACUUGCGUUCCCAUGCGGGAGCGAUGCUGCGGCUUGGUUUUAAUUCCCCUUUCUAACGCCCGCGCUGUCAGGUUGGAGGUCCGUGCGGAGGAGAAGGUUUUCCAGGGCCGGGAACGGGCGGUGUCGGUGCUGGCAGAGCGGCGUGGGCGUCUGGGAAGCCGGCAAGGGGGUGACCUGGUUGUGCGGGCGAGGAGUUACCGCGGGUGGGACGGAACCAGCCCGAGUUCAAAGCCCAACAUCAAACGCAGAAAUCUCAAUGGCAGGAACCGCUCCCGGCGUGAGGCGAGACCGCGCUCCUUCUUGGCCGCCGAACCCCCGUGUCUCCGCGGUGAGGAUGAGCAAGCAGCCGUCGGCUCCUUGUCUUCUCCCCCCGUCGGCUUUGCUGGCUGUCGAGAAGAAAAGACCCGCUGCACCGAGGCGGUUUCAUCGGAAUGUUCCUCCCGGGAAGGCGGCCGCCUUGCUGGAGCGGGAACGCGGCGUGUGAAGGAAGAUGCCUCGGGGGAGCACGGGGAGGUGGUCAGCACCAUUUCCAGCAGCAUGAACCCGCUGCAGCCGCCGGACGCCUCCUCCGACGAGCCGUUCACCACCUACUUCGACAGCAAGAUCCCCAUUCCCGAAGAUGAAAAGCACUCGUGUUUUAGUUUCCGCAAGCUCUGGGCUUUCACGGGGCCGGGCUUCCUGAUGAGCAUUGCCUACCUGGAUCCGGGCAACAUCGAGUCGGAUUUGCAGUCCGGGGCUAUCGCGGGAUUUAAGGUUCCUCGGAUUAUCCUGUGGCUGAUGGUCGAACUCGCUAUCAUCGGAUCCGAUAUGCAAGAAGUCAUUGGCUCCGCGGUCGCACUUCUGUCUAUGGGGAAGACCCCGCUUGGGGGCGGCGUUCUCAUCACCAUCGCCGACACGUUCGUGUUUCUCUUCCUGGACAAAUACGGCUUGCGAAAACUGGAAGCGUUCUUCGGGUUCCUGAUUACCAUCAUGGCUCUCACCUUCGGAUACGAGUCCCGGCAAGUGAACCGUGCGAACAAGAGGGAAGUCCGAGAAGCCAACAAGUAUUUCUUCAUCGAGUCCUGCAUCGCUCUCUUUGUCUCCUUCAUUAUCAACAUCUUCGUCGUCACCGUCUUCGCUGAGGCUUUCUUCGAAAAGACGAACGCGGACGUGGUGAGCUGCACCUUUCUGUUCCAGGGCGCCGUUCUGGGCUGUUACUUCGGCCCUGCUGCUCUCUAUAUCUGGGCCAUCGGGAUCCUCGCUGCCGGCCAGAGCUCGACGAUGACGGGGACGUACUCUGGGCAGUUCGUCAUGGAGGGCUUCCUGAACCUGCGCUGGUCCCGUUUUGCCCGGGUGCUGCUGACCCGCUCCAUCGCCAUCACCCCCACCCUCUUCGUCGCCAUCUUUCAGGACGUCGAACACCUGACUGGCAUGAACGACUUCCUGAACGUCCUCAUGAGCCUCCAGCUUCCAUUCGCUCUGAUCCCCGUCCUGACGUUCACCAGCCUGCCCAGCGUCAUGAACGACUUUGCCAACGGAUUGUUCUGGAAGAUCGGGGGUGGCCUGCUGAUCCUCCUGAUCUGCAGCAUUAACGUCUACUUCGUGGUGGACUACGUCAUGUCCCUGAACCACAUGGCUCUGUACGUCGGGGCUGCGGUUCUCAGCGUGAUCUACCUGUCCUUCGUGGCGUAUUUGACGUGGCUGUGCCUGAUCGCUCUGGGAGCCUCCGUGCUGGCCUGCGGCAGAACGGUAAGCGUCACCAGGACCCUGCUGACCGAAGAGCCGCCCUCGCCCGCCGCCAAGUAG